AUGUGCUCUGAGUUACCCAAAGAAUUUGAGAAAACCACAGAAGUUUUACCGUUUACAAAAUAUGGUAUAUCGUCCAUACAAGAUUUUAGAAAAGCAGAGAAAGACAUUCAACACUUAGAAUGGCUUAAAAAAGUAGGCUUGUCUAACGAAGAAGUGAAGCUUUAUCAAGAAAAUGAAGCGGGUUUGUUAGAUCAGUGCAAGAAAAUUGAAUCCAGCAUUUUGAAAACCAAAUUGGCAGAUCUGUACAACAAAAUAAAGAACUAUCAAACUGCUGGCAGUUCGAAACAGAAAAACGAAACAGCUGGUACAUCAACAAACAGAAAUGAAGAAAUGCAAGAGAGAAUUCAGAAAAGAUCUCUAAAAUUCUACCCUGAGGGUCAUCCAAUGAAUGAAUUAAAGGAAAUAGAAGAGGACCUUUUUGGACAUUUGCGAAAUGAUAAUAUAAUGCCAAUAACUAAGCGACGCAAGCUUUUAAGGCGUCUAAAAAGAAAGAAAGAAAGAAUUUUAAUGCAACAAAAACAGUUAAGGCUUGAUGCAGUACAAUAUCCACAAGAACAGUCCCCAAGUAAACCAGGCAGCCUGUGGGAUGUACAAAAAAAACCUAACCAAUUCAGACCGGAAUGUGGGACAUCAAAGGAUAAAAUGAUAGGUCCAAGAGAGCCGACAAUGUACACAAUCAAGGACAGUAAAAUAGUGAGAUUGGAACCAGUGGAAAGGGAAGACGAUAAUGAUGGUGAGGAGAGUGAAUUCAGGGCAGUUGAUAUUGUGAUGCCAGUGAAUCCAGCUGAGGAACAGCUGUUGGAGGGCACAAAAAUGAGUCUAGAUGAUAUAAAAAAGAUAGAACGAUUUAACGAUUACGAACCGGGAAUACCGUCGAAAGUACUUUAUUUGAAGAACAUUGCACCAUCAGUGUCGCAAGAGCAACUUUCACUACUUUUCAACCAGUUUCUACUUGACAAUGGUGGUCCCAUAGAUUUGCAUCUACUUACAGGACGUAUGAGGGGCCAGGCCUUUGUAACUUUUCAAACUGAAGAUUUAGCCAUAAAAGCCCUGGAUGAAGUCAACGGUACCAUUUUAAGUGGUCGACCCAUCAUUGCUCAAUUUGGUAGAAACAGCAUCCGAAUUCAAGAUGAUAAUAGAUAA